UAUGGUACAGAGGUGACUUCGAGACUUUCAAGAUGACGACCAGUAACGGAGAUGCGAUGUUUGGAGGCUCAAAACUGUCGAGUUUGGAGGACGAUUUCAGUUAUGGAGUCACUGUCGCCCAGACAAACAUCAAUAUCCGUCUUGGUUUUCUCAGAAAGGUUUAUGGGAUUCUUACUGCCCAACUUAUGCUCACCAUUUUUGUGGCAGGAGUGUUUAUGUACACAGAAAGCAUCAAAUCAUUUGUUCAAGGAAGACCAGAGGUUUUGAUGAUGGCAUUCAUCUUGUCACUUGGUUUGCUAAUUGGACUGAUGUUCAAGCGCAAGGAACAUCCAACCAACAUGUAUCUUUUGGGUGCAUUUACACUAUCAGAAGCUUACACUGUUGGUACACUGGUUACAUUCUAUGACCAAGUGCUGGUGCUGGAAGCAUUUGUGCUUACUGUGGCAACAACCAUGGCACUGACAAUGUACACAAUGCAAAGCAAGAGAGACUACAGUUCAUGGGGUGCUGGCUUGUUCACUCUUUUGUGGAUCCUCAUUUUAGCUGGUUUUCUGCAGUUUUUCUUCCACAGUGAGACGUUUGAGCUUGUCUAUGCCAUAGCUGGCGCCCUGCUGUUCUCAGCAUUCAUUGUGUUUGAUACCCACAUGUUGAUGCACAAACUUUCGCCAGAGGAGUACAUUUUGGCUUCAAUCAACCUGUACCUGGACAUGAUCAAUCUCUUCAUUGAGAUCCUUAGAAUCCUAAACUCUAUGAAGAAGAACUGAAUAAUUUAAAGGAGCACACAAGGCUUUUCGACAGUCUUUAUAAAGUCUCUCUUGCAACUGUCACUUGGUUUAUGUUGCUGUAUUUUCUGUCGUAGGAUAAUUAGUUUUAGUAUAAUUAUAGAGGGUCAAAUGACAAUUGGUGAGGAGUGUUUGAUGUAGAAAAAUUUCUCAGCUUUGAGAACUGUUUGAUGGAAAUUCUUAGAGAACUACACCGGGGUUUCAUUUGAUGAUUGUCCAUUCAAAAUGUGUUAAAAUGUUCGCGUUGUUUUCUUGUGUAGAGAAGUUCAAAUUUCAAUUAGCUGCUGAAAGGAGUCUUGCCCUCGGCAAAUAUUUAAACUUUUUAUACAACGCGUCAUAGAGUUUACUCUGCAGUGAAUUGAUUUCAAGGCUAUAAAUCUGUAAACUUAAGAAAUAAAAGCGUUAUUAUCGAUCA